AUGGAUGGAAGUGAGUCAUCGACGUCAUCGACAUCGACACAGGCAAUGAUUACGUCACCACUGGCUGGCCAAGCACAUUUGCCAGCUUACCUGAAAGACUCAUCACAUCAUCCGAUUUUUCCAUUUCCACAAAAGUCAACCGAUUCAUCUCAGCCGUCGUUUCUUUACAACAUGGUGAAGGCGGAGUUUAUUUACAAAUAG